AUGAAUAGCUUGUCAUGGGCUGCCCUCUUCAUCCUCCUCAUCCCCCUUCUCGUCAUCAAACUACAAAAAGGGCCGCUGGCAUCAUACUUUCAGAAAUCUACCCAGAAUGCAGGCUGCACUGAUGUCAAGCGCAUGGCGCCAUACCCCGCCCAACCCAUCAGAGGAAGGGAGCGAUACCGGGUCAUGAUGGACAUCCGGAAGCUGGACGUGGAGAACUGGCUCACCGUCGACAAGAACUACAUGGACGAGCAUUUUGUGCGGAGUCGACUGCUGCGGGAGGAAAGGGAACAGGUUCUCCAAUGCCUGCCAGAGUCGUACGAUGCGUGUCUCGAAGCGCUGGAGGAAGUGGUUGAAUUUCUCUGCCAGCGAUUCCCGCACGUGUUCGAGCGGAAGAAGUCCGGGGACGAGUCGACCAUCCACAAUCGAAUGACGGGGGAAACUUUCGUCUUCGGAGGGGAGAACAAGGAGGUGGACCCUCUGGAAAUCGCCGUCCGGCUCACCAUGGAGGACUUGAGCAUUCUGAUGCAGAAUGCUGACGGCGAGUAUUACCUAGCCGCCAGUGCCAGUCUGUUCCCCGUUGGCUGGACAGUCAAGGAACGAAUCGGUUGGACUAUCUCCCAGCUUCACAAUCCUGUGCCUCUGUGGCACCAGCAGGUUGCCAAUUCUGUUAGCAAAUUCCUCGCUCGGCUCACGCCCACUUCCCCGAUGGAGCGAUCCAACUACUUCGUCGAGGUCAAGCGUCCCGACGAGACCCUCUUCGAAAUUCUCUAUCGUCCAACAACCCUCUCGGAAGACAACCCCGACCCGGCACCAGAAGACAUCGUCAUCCGCCGCGAGCGUCAGACAUUUCGCCGCUUACCAAAAACAGGCACCAUCGUCUUCGGCGUCAAGACCUUCCUAACGACGCUGGACGAACUGCCCAUGCAGGAACUCCAGAAUCUCGCCAAGGAGACCAAGAGUUGGCCCGACUACGUGGGCGAGUACAAGGGCCGCGAGAUCUGGGGCCCCAAGGUCCUCGAAUUCUGCGAAAAGCGCACGCAGUCACUUCCGCAGCAGCUUGAGUCGGAGAAAUUGGACGUAUGA